UCUAAACCCUCAUCCUUUCAUUCAUCACACACUAUAGUUUCUCUAAAGAGAAAACAAAAAUCGAAAACUUGAAACAUGGGUUGUGCCUCAUCCAAACGUGUAGAUGUAGCCCUAGACGUGUAUCGCCCCGCCCCAUCAAGCUUUGCCGUUUUCGAUAUCAAUUCCAUAGAAGAACCAUGGCGUGUCGCUAAUGAUACCGAAUUCGAAAACCCUGAAAAAUCAACUCAUGUCCCUGCCCUUGUUCUCGCCAAGAUAGAUAAGCUUGAUUCCGACGGUCCUCAAUCAUGGGACGAGGUUAGUAAAGCUUUGGAAGAUCUCAAACCCAACCUAAACGACCCAAUUGUCAAUCCAACUGUCAAUCCGAUAAACGUCACUAAAAGUACUCCCCCAAAACCGCCACUAAAAACCUCAUCUUUCCACACCUUAGAAGAACUCGAUGCCAAACUAUCCCCUAAACCCGAAAAACCCGAGAAACCCAACAAACCCGUCGUUGUUGUUGAUACCUUCAAGCCGAAAGUACCUCAUCCGGUGGUGAACAAAUCGUCGUCGUUAAAGAACAACAUAUUUAUCAUGAUGGAUAAACAAGAAAGGGAGAAAGAAGGUAAAGAACCGGGUCCUGCUAGAUGGGAUCCGUUAAGCGACUAUCCGGAGUUGAUCCCUCCGGGUGGUUCCGACACGGUCGUUCUUUAUAGCACGUCCUUGGGAGGAGUAAGAAAGACAUACGAGGAUUGCAACAGAGUGAGGUCGAUUCUCGAGAAUCAUCAAGUGGUGUUCGACGAGCGUGAUGUUUCGCUUCACGGGGAGUUUUUGAGUGAGUUGAGGGAGUUGAUUGGAGAGGAAGGGAGGGUGGUGCCGAGGUUGUUUGUGAAGGGAAGGUAUAUUGGAGGGGCGGAGGUGGUGGUUGGUUUGAAUGAUGCGGGGAGAUUGGCCCGGUUAUGGAGUCGGGUUAGGGUGGAAAGAGGGGUUGGUAGACAAGGGUGUGAUGGGUGCGGUGGGGCUAGGUUUGUGCCUUGUUUGGAUUGUGGGGGGAGCUGCAAGAUUGUGGUUGGAGAUGAGAAAGAGAGGUGUAGUAAGUGUAAUGAGAAUGGAUUGGCUCAUUGCCCUCUUUGUCUCUAGCUAGUUUUGAUUCGAAAACCAAACAAGACUUUACUUGUUAUGUGUAAUAAUGUGUGUAUGUGAACUUGCUAUAUAUACUUAUAUUGUUCUACACUUUUUAUAUCUUGUA